GCUUAGGUCCCCGCCCGCGUCCGGACUCUACUCGCGCGCCCAUGCGCAUGCCCCUUCAUACCUUCCCAGGCCCCGCGCGUCCCGGCCACCGUCCGCGCCCCAAUCGCCUACGGCGCACCCUACCGCAUCCGCUACUCCGUGCGUCGCCUUCCUCGCCCGCGGGCUCCGAUCACCUCCUGCGCAACCCCGUGCACCCGUGGCAUGGCCCGUACCGUUCGUUCCCGUAAACCGCUCAUCCGCGCGCCUAUCGCGCCCCACUGCUCCCAGCGCCCGUAUGCGCUUGCGUGUGCCCAGCGCUACCUCACCCAUCGCCCAUCGCUCGCUUGUUCCGCCGCAACAAUCCCUCGCGCACAUCAACCACCCAACAUCCACCCCUUGCGCGCCACUUCGCAAAACCAUCAAGCGCCAU